CGCCGCAGCGCGGAGGCCGUUGCGCGGGGCUGGCUGCGUCGGUCGCGGUACGCAGUUUGCGUAGCGCCAGCGGGGCGGCGGGGGGAGCGGGGCGGGGCGGGACGGACCCCUCCGGGCCCUGAGGGGCCGCGGGGCUCCCCCCCUCCCCCCCCCGGUUGUCCCGGGCAGGCCUGGGGGGCCCCUCGGCCCUGCUGAGCGCCCCCCCCCCCCCCCCCCGGCCAUGGCGGCGCCCCCGGCGCCCCCGGCCAAGAAGCGGAAGAUGAACUUCUCGGAGCGGGAGGUGGAGAUCAUCGUGGAGGAGCUGGAGCGGGGCAAGCACCUCCUGGUGAACCACUUCAACGCGGGGGUGCCGCUGGCCGCCAAGGCCGCCGCCUGGCACGACAUCCUGCGCCGCGUCAACGCCGUGGCCACCUGCCAGCGGGAGCUGCCCGAGGUCAAGAAGAAGUGGUCCGACCUCAAGACCGAGGUGCGGCGGAAGGUGGCCCAGGUCCGGGCUGCCAUGGAAGCUCCCGAGACCAAGCCCUGCAGCGGGGCUGAGGGCGAGGAGCUGGCGGGCGCGGCCGCCGCCCCCGUCAUCCUCACCCCCAUGCAGCAGCGCAUCUGCAACCUGCUGGGGGAGGCCACCAUCAUCAGCCUGCCCGGCGGGGACUGCGGGGCAGGGGUCGGGAGCGAGAUACCCAUCGCGGCAUCAGCCACCACCGUCACCCUGACCCAGAUUCCUGCAGAGACGACCUACCACAGCCUGGAGGAGGGGGUGGUGGAGUACUGCACAACUGAAGCCCCCACCACAGUCACCACCGAAGCCCCCUUGGAGAUGAUGGCCCAUCAGCACGAAGUGUCUGCCAAGCCCCAGGAGCUGAAGAGCCGCAUUGCUCUGAACUCAGCCAAGCUCCUGCAGGAGCAGCGAGUCACCAACUUGCACGUGAAGGAGAUUGCCCAGCACCUGGAGCAGCAGAACGACUUGCUCCAGAUGAUCAGACGCUCUCAGGAGGUGCAGGCCUGUGCCCAGGAGAGACAGGCACAAGCCAUGGAAGGAACCCAGGCAGCCCUGAGUGCCCUCAUCCAGGUCCUCCGCCCCAUGAUCAAGGACUUCCGGAGGUUUUUGCAAAGCAAUACACCCAGUCCAUCAGUCACUGCUGACCUCAGCCAGACAGAGCAGCAGGAUGGCAUGAUCCAGUGAAAGGAACAGUGGUGGGAUGUCUUUCUUGGGGAAGGACCUGCCCGUGGUGCUGGUGGGCACAGGGAGCGAGGGCUGCUGGCUCCUGUCAGUGUGAAGUGUCUUGCCUUGGAGUCUUGCUGAGCCUAAACACUUGGGGUUUUUUCUCUACUAAUCUCAUGCUAAUCUGCCUUUUCAGACUCACCCUCCAGAGCUGUAGCAGGAUGUGUAAUAAGCCAGGAACUUAGCAUUGGUUACUUUAAUUCCUCAAACAACAGAUGUAUUGAAAAAAAAAAAGUUAUUUUUUUAUUUCUGUUUGGAUAAAACUCUCUGACAGCUCCCUCUGAAGAUCUAAAGCCUGUGACUGACUUCUGACACGGAGAGUCUCAUGGUACCAAGUGCUGCAGCUGCCCAGGUACAGUUGCCAUAAGCCAGAGUGCAUGGCUGGGAAUGCCUUUCUGCCUCCUGCUGAAAGCAUUUACUGGAAACCUGGCACCAGACCUGCUCCAACCUUUUCUCUGCACCAAGAGUUAUGGAUCCUGCUCUUGGAGCUGGACAUCCAGGCCACCCAGACCAGCAGCAAGCCUACAUGCAGUUAAAAUCCCACUCACAUCCCCCAAGGAUAUAAAUCAGGUUAAAAAAGUGCACCUCGUGCUCUGUCUCUGUGUGGUCAUGAAACUUCUCUAUAAACUUGGCAGAUGGGAUGAAAAUUUCAUGUCCUUGUUACCAGAUCCUGCCCUGGGAUACAGACCAGAAGCAACAUUAACCUGUCUCAGCCCAGUUAAUGCACAAGGGCCUGGAUGAGUUUCACUCUGGUGUGAGAGGGGAAACUCCAUCUCUGUCUCAUCUGCAUAGUUUGUCACCUCUUUGAUACCUUGAUCCAUCCAAGCAGAGCUGGGCUGCAGAGCUCCAGCCUCCCAGCAAUUCCCAGCAUUUAGGGGUUUGUCAGCUGCUGAUUUAAUGGAGGGAAUUUUGGUUGUGCUGGUGGGGGUUCUGUCCUUGUUAGGAGCUGGAAGCUCUUUGUUAGUCUGCUCCCUGCCUUCCAGUGGCCUGAAAAGUGGGUCUGAGGUUCACCUCACUAUUUCCUUACCAUUAUACAGGGUAAAACAACAUUUGCAGCCACUUUUUUCUCUAUUAGGUGUUCAGGCUGCAGGGCUUGGUCCUGGGUGAGAGAGCUUCACUUCUCAGAAUGGUGAAUGUUGUGCUAACAGUCUUGCAGUAAAUUCAUGAACUUCUAGGUGGAAAGGUCCCCUUGUAUGUACAUGGAAGCAAACUUCAGAAAAAAAGGAAAAGAAGGAAGGAUAACUCUUCUUCUCCAUGUACUUUGCAGUGUGUAUCACGUGUAACAGGCUUGUUGCUUGAUUUUGAAAUGGAACAUUUUCAGAGCUGGUGUUUGCUUGUUGUUAAAUCUCCUUCAGGGCUGAGACAUGUGGAGCAACGACUGAUAUGGGGAGUGAAUUUGCACAAUCAAAUUAAAGCUUUACCCAGCCUUUUAUGGGGGGAUGCUGAUAAGGGACCCUGGUUAGAGCAGCAGGUAAAGAGGCUGCUGCUUCCUGUCUCUGGCCUUCACUCCUCUCCCAUCUGAAAGCCUGAUGGAGGAGAAAGAGACAGGGUGGCAAGAAGGGUUCAGCCCCUGGAGAACUGACCCUUUGGCAUGGAUACCCCUGCUCUGAGCCCGGGCAGCACCUGCUGUGUCUUCCCACCUUUUCCAACUUCCCGCCACAGGAGCAACACUCACCUGACUCUUCCUCUCAGACUUUGUGGAAUCAAACCAACUGCUCAAUUCAAAUUUAUUUUUAAAGUGAAAACUCUUGUCAUAUGUGUUGGUUUACCUCAUUUGUGUAACUAUCUCUACAAAUAUGAAUUUUAAUUAAUUAAAACCCCGUUUUUGCUAAAGAAGCUGUUUCCAUUCAUCAACAGGCUCCAGGGCAAAAGGCAGUUCAGGGCCACGAGUUUGCAACACAGAAUCCUCCCUGAGAAAAGGCUGUGAGCAGCCACGUGCCACGGCAGCUUUUUCUCAUGUUCAUCAACUUUGUGGCCUUUUAUUUACAUAAUUAUGGUCCUUCUUUCAAAUCACAGCUUUUCCAGCCUUACCUUGGAGCACUGGCUCCUUCCCUGGCUACAACAGGUUGCUGAGCUCUAUUCAUCUCCCAGAUUGAGCUGCCACAAGAGCCUAAAAUGAUGGCUGAAGUGCCAGCCUUUGGCUGUAAAUUGCAGGGUGCAUUUUUUUCAGUGACUAAGCACUUCAGCUGUGUUACUGUUUCAGAGGAAUAAAGGUGUUGCCCUUGGAACCA